AUGUCCAGCCUCAAACGUACGCCUGCCGCAACACGCCUCUUCUCCUCGUCCCACAGAUGGCGCGACGCCCCCGUCAUGAACCGCUACAGCAGGCUCGUAACAGAGCCAAAGGACCAAGGCGCCAGCCAGGCAAUGCUUUACGCGACCGACGGUAUCAAAACCGACGAGGACUUUAAAAAGGCUAUGGUGGGCGUGGCUAGCGUGUGGUAUGAGGGCAAUCCAUGCAACACCCACAUUCUUGGGCUUGGGAAGGAAAUCAAAGAGUCCUUGAACAAGGCAUCACUGAUUGGUUACCAGUUCGGCACGGUCGGUGUAAGCGAUGCUAUCAGCAUGGGCACAUACGGGAUGUCAUAUUCCUUGCAAUCACGCGACCUUAUUGCGGACCAAGUUGAGACAGCUGCAGGAGGUCACCAUCUCGACGGAAUGGUUGUCGUACCAGGUUGCGACAAAAACAUGCCUGGCGUCCUCAUCGCUCUCGGCCGCCUGAACCGACCAGGUAUAAUGGUUUAUGGCGGCACGAUCCGUGCUGGUUCAUGUGACGGCAUGCCCCAGAUCGACAUCGUCUCCGCGUUCCAGUCGUACGGGAAAUUCCUGCAAGACGGCAAAACGCCUGAAGCUGAACACUUCAGGUACAACACAGUUCGCCAUGCUUGCCCCGGCCCAGGUGCAUGUGGAGGCAUGUAUACCGCCAAUACGAUGGCCUCCGCUGCGGAGGCCCUUGGCAUGACCCUGCCUGGCUCCUCCUCUUUCCCGGCAGAGUCAGCCGACAAGCACACUGAAUGUGCAUCCGUUGGGGAACACAUGUACAACCUUCUCGCUAAAAACAUCCUUCCUCGGGACAUAAUGACACGGUCUGCAUUUGAAAACGCAAUGGUGUUGACUAUGAUCUUGGGCGGCUCAACAAACGCCGUCCUGCAUCUAAUCGCUAUAGCUCAUUCAGUCGGGAUCCACCUUACCAUCGACGACUUCCAGAAGGUGUCAGACCGCAUACCCUUCAUUGCCGAUAUUAAGCCAAGCGGCAAAUAUGUUAUGGAACAUAUAUAUAAAAUCGGUGGAAUACCUAAAAUCCUUCAUUUCCUGCUCAAAAAUAAUUUAAUUGACGGGAACAACAUCACGGUGACAGGUCGCACCCUCGGGGACAACUUGGAACGGUGGAUACACAAGUAUGGCGAGCUGACCUUCCAUGAUCAAGAUGUCAUCCGUCCUCUCAACAAUCCAAUCAAAUCGACGGGUCACAUCAGGAUCCUGAAAGGCAAUCUUGCUCCUGGUGGCGCUGUGGCCAAGAUCACGGGUAAAGAAGGUCUUGGAUUCACAGGAAAAGCCAGAGUAUUCGACUCAGAGACGGACUUUGUAAGCGCCAUAGAAAGCGAGUCGAUUAAGAAAGGCGAAAAAACCGUCGCCAUUCUCAGGUACCUUGGUCCGAAAGGAGGCCCUGGAAUGCCCGAGAUGCUUAAGCCCACGAGUCUGAUCAUGGGUGCAGGUUUGGGCCUUGACGUCGCAUGCCUUACUGAUGGCCGAUUUAGCGGCGGAUCUCACGGUUUCUGUAUUGGCCACGUUGUACCCGAGGCUCAGGAAGGUGGACCGAUUGCCCUGGUGCAGGACGGAGAUGUUAUCGUUGUCGAUGCCGUGAAGAACACCAUCGAUCUACAAGUUUCCCCUGAAGAACUCGAAGCGAGGAGAGCCAAGUGGGUCGCGCCCCCUCUGAAGGUCUCAAAAGGUACCCUAUACAAAUACACCAAGACCGUCACAGAUGCAAGCAGGGGGUGCAUUACGGACGCCUGA